AUGCUUGGCGCCAAAUCCACAGUGCUGAAAUGGCCGUGGCCCACAGGAGUCCACGCUGGUUUGCCAAAGCGAAGCUUGGCCUUAAGGAUCUGGGAUAUGUGCUUUAAGUCGACUGCCUCGAAUGUUUAUGAAUCAGGUUUGACCAAGUUAAAGAAGGAGCUGAUGCUGAGCCUGGAGGACAAGGGAGGGCUCUCACGCCCAAUUUUCUUCUUGGAAAAAGCCGUUGAGAUGUUUAACGUCGUUAACGCUCAGUACUUUCUAAAUUCUGCCCUCGAGUUCAAUCAGUUUAUGUUGCCUGCGCUGGAGGACAGGAUCAACAGAGGAAUGAGUGAGCCUGAUGUAAUGAGCUACUUGCUUGGAGAGAAUAAUAAACGGGCUAAAAACAUACCAAGGAAGAGGAUCAGUCCAACUUCUGUCUCCCGGGCAAUGGCAAUAUUCAAACUCGCGCACAACCCGCAAGUCCUCAGAAAAGUCGCAAAAAAGAUCGAUGGGGUCGUCGACAUCAUCAACGAAGCCCUCCGCCGCUACCUAUCCGUCAUGAGUGGCUUGCAGCACUUCACGCCUCCUGAGGGAAUAUUCGUUAAUGGCAGGCACAUUCCUAUGAAAGUUCGUCGCGAUCCCAAGCCUGUUGGAAACGACAACGUCAAGGCUUUCAACCCAUGCUCGUACAGAUCGACUGGCUAUAUUAGCAAACAACUGGAAUUGAGGGAGACAAGUAAACUAGCAACUGGCCUCAAAUCCGACGGCUGGCUCGAGAAGUAUUUGCUGGACACGUUGACCAUCUGCAAGGAAGAUCCUAUCAGGGUCGUGCUUACCAUGAACCCUGCCGGGCCGCGCAAGGGUGUUUGA